GCACAAUAUAAAAUAUAUUCUUCGGAUAACUUAAUAACCAACGGUUUACAAUCAUCCCCCAACAUGCGCCGGGGACCAUACUAACGAUAUCUCGAUCGUUACGGCAAAUGUGUAAUGCCUCGUUCAACUUACUAUCACAAAAUGAAACAGCUUAUUAUUACUCAGGAGAACCAAGAGAUUAAAAAUUCAGCGGUCGAAGAUGUUGGAAAUUGCUAUAGCCACAGUUCAAACUAUUUUGUGGAAAAUGUUGGCUAUAACAAACAAUUGUCCAGUAAGCAAGAUGUUGAAGUUAUUGAUAUGAACAUGAGUAAUCAUAAGGAAAAUGGGAAGCUAGAAGAAAGUCGCUCAAGUUUAUGGCUACACGAUGAAUUAGAUGAACAUGAACCUACAAGAUAUUUAUGGUUUCGUGAUGAAUAUAGUGAAUCAACUGAAUGUAAAGAAGCUUGGUUUGACGCUGAAGAAGAACUUCCAGAUGAACGCUUUCAUGAGGCUGCUGAUGAUCGACAUGAUGAGAACCAAGGUAAUGAAAACAGCGCUGAAGAUUUUUACCAUCAAUCGCUUUGUAAAUGUACAUCAAUUACACGAGGUGAAGCAUUAUUAAUGACGCUACUGUUGGGAGUUCAGCGGUAA